AUGAGGUCCAUCCACAUAGUCAUUCAACUCGAAGCACCUCUGUUUGGUCGUUCUUGUCUGCUCGCAACCUUCAGUCAUUCAAACAGACCCUCUGUACGCGCUGGCUAUCCUGCGUCCCGUGGACGACAUUGGAGUUCCGGUCCUUCCAAAAGGGCGCAAAGUGGUACAUUCAGAGAUUCAAGCCAUGAACCAAAUGCACUCGAUCAAUUCACCUCAGGGCGAUGGCUCUGGGGAGAACGAGCACAGCUUGCGGACCGCUACGUCAAGUUCGACAUGCCGAAGCUCUAUCGACUUGCCGCUAGUGCCAUUGGCUCAGGAUCUUGCGUGAAAGUCGUGAAAAUAUCCGAGGGCCAGUUCAACAAAGUUUUUCUGCUUACGAUGGAUGACAGGAGAGAAGCUAUCGCGAAACUGCCGAACCCUAACGCAGGAUGGCCCCACUUCACCACGGCCAGCGAGGUAGCCACUAUGAAUUUCCUGAGAAAUGUUCUUCAUCUCCCCAUUCCUCGAAUCUAUGCGUGGAACUCCAGACUUUCAAACAACCCCGUCGGAUCCGAAUACAUCAUUAUAGAAAAGCAAUCUGGUGUGAUGUUGUAUGAUGUGUGGGAUAACAUGAAGGGUUCACAAAAAGCCGAGAUUUUGAAGGAGGUCGUUGGGAUCGAAAAAGCACUUGCUUCGACCAGGUUCACGAAGUUCGGAAGUUUAUAUUAUAAGCACGACCUGCCCCAGUCUGAUAGCACUACGCCGCUGUAUAUUGAUGGAAACGGAGCCUUGGAUAUCGAUCGUGGGCCAUGGUCCACAAUUGAGGAGUACGUAGCUGCGAUUGCGUAUAGAGAAAUUACCUGCGUAGAGAAAGGACUCAGAUACCCCAGAAUGCCCGAAGGACUUUUUUACGGGCCGAAACAAUACCAACCCAGUGCAUCCACAAAACUAUCCGCCCUGACCAACUACUUAAAGGUUGCUCCAUACGUCCUGCCAGAGAAGGAAGUAACACAUGUCUCUGUUCUUUGGCAUGGCGAUUUACAUACGCAAAACAUCUUUGUUGAUCUAGAAAACCCGACUCGAAUCUUGGGCAUCAUUGACUGGCAAUCCGUCAGCGCAUCACCACUUUGCAUGCAGGUCACCCGCCCUGCCUUCCUAGAUUUCAAUGGCCCGAUCCCCGAGGAUCUGGGUAAAGUCAGCCUCCCCCAAAACUUUGACACGUUGUCUCCGGACGACCAACGCGAGGCAAAGGCCUUGCACCAGGCCCAGGCCCAGACGCUCCACGAUCUAUACAUGGCCCGAUGUUAUCAGCAAAAUCCUAAUGCGUUCCUGGCCAAGCAACAGAAAGAUAGCCUACGUCACCAGGUUACCGUUGUACCGAGCACGAUUAUCAUGGACUACGAACCGUACCUAAACCACCUAUUAAGGGACUUCGAGAAAGAAUGGCCAAAUAUUGUGGGCCUGGGAUCCGAUGGGCAUCCCUUGAUACGGUGUCCACUCCACUUCUCAACCGCCGUGAUAGAGCAACAGGAAAAGGAUGAGGAGUUAUGGGCUCAGGGGGUAGAGCUUAUGAACACUUUUAUUAGCGACGUAGGCGGUUUUAAACAUUGGGAUGGUAAGGUCAGCAAUGAGGAUUACGAGACUUCAAAAGCCCAGCUAGCUAGUGGCAUCGAACAGUUUUUGGAUCGCGAGGCCAGGAACGCGGAGGAGCUGGCUACAUGGCUGAAAGCAUUGCCCUUUGUCGAUCACGAAUAG